AUGACUGAAACAAAAAAACAAAAGACUGUGGACCAUCCACCAAGACCAACUAAUAUUGGUAUUAAAGCAAUCGAAGUGUACAUUCCUAACGAAUAUGUGAAUCAAGAUGAACUAGAAGAUCAUGAUGGUGUUUCUAAGGGGAAAUAUACUAUUGGGUUGGGACAAACAAAUAUGUCCUUCGUUAAUGAUCGUGAAGACAUAUAUUCUAUGAGUUUAACAGUAUUAUCCAAACUAAUCAAGAAUUAUAAUAUUGAUGUUAAUGAUAUUGGGAGAUUAGAGGUUGGUACUGAAACAUUAAUUGAUAAAUCUAAAUCCAUUAAAUCAUUUUUAAUGCAAUUAUUUGGUGAAAAUACUGAUGUUGAAGGUAUCGACACUGUUAAUGCAUGCUAUGGUGGUACCAAUGCUUUAUUCAAUUCUAUUAACUGGGUUGAAUCAUCAAAUUGGGAUGGUAGAGAUGCUAUUGUUGUCUGCGGUGAUAUUGCUAUCUAUGAUAAAGGUGCAGCAAGACCAACAGGUGGUGCAGGUACAGUUGCCAUGUUGAUCGGUCCAGACGCUCCUAUUGUAUUUGAUUCUGUGAGAGGUACAUUCAUGGAACAUGCUUAUGAUUUUUAUAAACCAGAUUUCACGAGUGAAUAUCCAUACGUUGAUGGACAUUUUUCAUUAACCUGUUACGUAAAAGCCCUUGAUAAAGUUUACGAAUCAUAUUCAAAGAAGGCCAUUGCCAAGGGUCUUGCUGAGAAACCUAUCAAUGAUAAGACCGUUAACGUUCUAAAUCACUUCGAUUACAACGUUUUCCAUGUUCCUACAUGCAAAUUAGUGACAAAAUCUUACGGUAGAUUAUUAUACAAUGAUUUUAAACAGGAUCCAACUUUAUUUCCACAAGUAGAUAAAGAAUUGAGUACAUUAGACUAUGAAAAGUCUUUAACUGAUAAGGCAUUGGAGAAAAAAUUUGUUGAAAUUGCCAAACCUUACCAUAAGGAAAGAGUGGCACCAUCAUUAGUGGUUCCAACAAACACUGGUAAUAUGUAUACAGGUUCAGUAUAUGCUUCUUUUGCCUCACUAUUAAGUUAUAUUGGAUCAGAUGAUUUACAAGAUAAGAGAAUUGGUUUAUUUUCAUAUGGUUCAGGAUUAGCAGCGUCAUUAUUUUCAUGUAAAAUUGUUAAAGAUAUCAAUUAUAUCGUUAAUAAUUUACAAUUGAAAGAAGUUUUGGAAAAUAGAAUUAAGAGAUCACCAAUUGAGUAUGAAAAUGCUAUUAAAUUGAGAGAAAAAGCACAUUUACAAAAGAAUUUUGAACCUACGGGAUCAAUUGAUCAUUUAUUACAAGGCGUAUACUAUUUGGUUAAAGUUGACGAUAAAUUUAGAAGAACUUACGAGAUGAAGAAUUGA